AUGGCUCUAAGAUUGAGCACCUUAGAUGUUCAUUUCUUGUGCUUUAUUUCUCUCAUCCUCGUUUCAGUAAUCCAUUUGGUAUUAGCAGAUGAUUCUCAAAAUGAUGGCGUUUACAUCGUCUACACCGGAGCAGCUGCAUCCUCAUUCCACUCUGAUCAUAUUAUGAGCAGCUCUUCCAUGGAAAGUUGGAAAGAAAGAGUCAUACACACAUAUAGUAGUGCAUUUUCUGGAUUCGCAGCCCGGCUAUCAAAGGCAGAGGCGGAAUUAAUUGCCCAAAGGCCUGAGGUUGUAUCAGUUUUUCCUGAUCGCGUCCACCGACUCCAGUCCACACGUUCGUGGGACUUUUUGAGGAGUCAAAGCCUUGUUGGAUCCAAACAACCCCAGAUUCCCAAAAAAUCAAAUGCUUCCUCUGUUUCUGGUGAAGAUGUCAUCAUUGGCAUGUUUGAUAGUGGGAUUUAA